AUGGUCCUCGAAGCAGUAAUGGUAGUAGUAGACAACAGCGAAAGCAGUCGAAACGGCGACUACACACCUACCAGAUUCGAAGCCCAAUCCGACGCCGUCUCCCUCAUCUUCUCCGCCAUCACACAAGCCAACCCUGAGUCAUCCGUCGGUCUGAUGAGCAUGGGUGGCAAAGGUCCAGAGGUGCUCGUCACGUUAACGACGGACCAUGGCAAGAUUCUGGAGGGUUUACAUCGAACGAAGAGCAAGAUUCGAGGAGGUAGUCAUCUGGCUACGGGGAUUCAGAUCGCUGGUCUCGCACUCAAGCACCGCCAAAACAAAUCCCAAAAACAACGCAUCAUAGUCUUCACCUGCUCCCCGAUCCCCGAAGACGAAAAAACCCUGAUCAAGCUCGCGAAGAAGAUGAAGAAGAACGGCGUAGCGAUCGACUUCGUCGCUUUCGGAGAGCUAGAUGAUGAGAAUACGAAGAAGCUGACGAGCUUCAAUGAGAAUGUUAAGGGUGGUGAUGGCAGCCAUUUUGCGAUUAUCCCACCGGGACCGGGACUGCUGAGUGACCAGCUCGUGACGAGCCCGAUAUUGAAUGGUGAUGGAUCGGCGGGUGGUGCGGGUGCUGGUGGUGAGGGCGGUGGGGGAGGGGAUGCCUUUGAGUUUGGCAUUGAUCCGAGUCUGGAUCCUGAGUUGGCGCUGGCAUUGAGGAUGAGUAUGGAGGAGGAGAAGGCGAGAGUUGAAAAGGCGAAUAAGGAGAAGGCGGAGCAGGAGGCCAAGGAGAAGGCUGCUGCGUUGCCAGAGAUCAAGGAGGAAGAUGAGGCUAGUCAGCCGCUGUUGAAUCAGGAUGGGGAGGCGAGUGCUGGCAAGGAGGACAAGAAGGAUGAUGAUGAUGCGGAUAAGAUGGAUACGGCAUAG